AUGGCGACGGCGACCGCAGAGGCCGACUCGAAAGAGUCCUCUGCUCAACCUCAACCCCAACCUCAGACUCAACCUUCCGACCCGAAGUCCCCUAGCUUUUAUGGUUAUCUAUUCGGCCCAGACAAGGCACCGACACCCAUCCUCGACUCGCUGCUGCGCGCCAUCGCCCUCCACAUUAUCACCGACAUUGGCGAUAAACAUGUCCAGGCCCUGACCCCUCAAAAGCUGGCCGCCUUUUACAAGGCUGUAGGUGGCGAUUAUGAUUCCCUCUUCAUCGAAAUGCCCCACCCCGCCAUAUCCUACAUUUGGCAGGUUACGGGCUGUCAACACUCUAUGCAACCCUCCGACGACGAUUUCGUCGCCCCUUCCAUUCCGGCUCUGACCUUGCGUGGUUUCGUUCGGUGGGAGUCGAUAGAGAUACUGCUGAGCCCCGAGGAACAUGUGCCUUUUAUUCAGCAAGCCGUCAAGCACUGGAACCUGAAGCAUCCUGAAACGGGCGAGCCUUUCCCUCCUGACCUACCCGCGGAAGCUCUUCCUAGUGAACCGGAUGCCGGGAUAGAGAAAUGGCACAAGGAGUGCGCCGAGAAGUUGAGGCAAGCCGCAACGCCAAAGGACGAGCCUGCAUCUCCCAAGACUGCUCCUAGCCGCCCAGUGGAAAGAGACGAACCGAGAGUCAAGGCGGCUUAUGUCCACGUCCGCAAUCCGUAUCCGAAGGCAUCGCCCAAGACCUCACCUCCUCCUCGCGGCCCGCAGGCAGACUACUUUACCCCGUCGACCCGGCCUUCUGUAGCUUACAGCCAUGUUCCAGGGCAUGCUGCGAAUAGGUACCCCCCGUCACGCCUGCACAUACCUCGGUCUCCCGAGCGGGAGCGUUUCCGGGGUCAAACCUCGCCAGACGAUCGUCGACGCCGUAGCUUCUCCGACUAUCCCUCCCCGCCACACGAGACCAUGCACGCUGCCUCUGAGCAUCUGCAGCCCAACAGACCUCCUAUGCAGCCUCGUCGGCACAGCCAGCCACGGCAUUACUCGUCAUCCUCGGCGUCCGAUCCUGACGAACCAGCGAGUCCGCGAACCAAACGCAGGCCUCACACUCAUCACUCCAAUGAGCCGCCGCCCCCAGGCUUCCGGCGCAUGGGUCCGUCAGCGCCCCCGCCGCCACCGGCGCCGCAUGGCCCGCCUCCAGGAGCCCGCAUUCACCGUGCCGAUUUGAGGCCAGAGGACGCGCGCCGUCGCAGUAUACCAAUUGUAGACGGUCUGAGGGAGAAAAUCGCCGAAAAGGUGACGUCUAUUCUUCCCAACGGCCGGUCGCCGGAACGUCAUCGGAGCACUUCUGGUCGCCGAAGUGAUCCGCCUUCGCGCCGUAGUCGGGAGUACCUGCCAUCUUCCAAGCUCAACCGCAGUUGGCCCGACAUUGGGUCGGAUGACUCGGGAGCGUCGGACUCCGAGGAAGAAGGCCGGCGUCGUCGUCUCAAAGCUCGAGAACGUCGAGAGAUGGAGGAAAGAGAACUGAGGGAGAGGGAAAGGGUACGCGAGAGAGACCGUGGUCGAGACCGCGACCACAGACGCGACCGAGAUAGGGACAGGGAUAGGGAUCGGGACUUGGAGCGCGAACGGGACCGAGAUCGCGUCGUGAACUGGGAGAGAGAAGAGGACAACGAAGUACGAAGACGAAGGGAGCGACACCUGGUACGACCCGAGACCCACCGCCGAACAAGCAGUCAUGCCGACGUGGACCGGAUGCGAGGAAGGGGCGAGGCCCCUUGGGAACCUCGCGAUCGCGAGCCCAGGGAGGACAGGAAACGGUGGAAAGAACGUGGGGCCAGCCCGGUAAUCUCUGGAGUUGGGGGGCGACAAUACCCAACUGGCCCGACUCGGAUCUAA